UCUCUUCCUUGCAAAGACAGAUGGAGAUCCAAGAAUCUGAGCUUAGGAAAAUCAGAUCUGAAAAGGAAUUGCUCCAGAAGCAGCUCAGACUGACAGAAGUCGAGCUCCAAGCUAUGUCUGACAAGUUUUACAGCCUGACAGAAAGACAGAGGCAGGAAGAAGCGGUGGUGAUGAUGGAGGAAAGGAACCACGACCUUCAAGAGAUUGUUACAGAACAGGAAUUCCGGCUGGCUGAGCACGACAACAUCAUCCGUGAGUUAAAGAGGACAAUCAGCCAGCUGCAGGCUGAGGUUGUGACCACCCGCCGCCACUUUCUGGAGCAGAAACAGGCCCAGAGGGAGACCCAGAGCAAGUUUGAGGCACUGCAGCACACGGAGCUGCAAACCAGAGUGGCACUGGAGCUCGUCAGCAGCAAGUUUGAAAGGUAUAGAAACAAAAUAAUCCAGGCUACGUUCAGCGUGGAGGGCAUCCAGGACCCCCAGGGCGAGCUCAAGGAUGAUGAAGUGCUGGAGGCAAUGCAGAAACUCUUCAACGAGCGGACAGAGUUCCAGCAGAUGCUGAAGAACAAGAGCAGCAGGACAUCACUGCUCAGCAGUGACAGCAGCACAGCAUCACCAGCAAGGAGAAGGAAGUCCUCCAGGGUGGAAAAGCUCUGAUGGCUGAGCCAGAACCCAUCACCAGUUCAGGCUCUGGGCUCUCAGCUCGGAGCUGGUGCCUUACAAGAAAUUAAACUCAUUUUACUGACACCAA